AUGUGGAGCUGGAACUCCUUCACAUGCUGGUUGACUGUUGUGCACAGCAACGUAUCUAUGAAAGGUUUUAUGGACUUCUCUGCGAGCGUUUUUGUCGGCCGAAACGUGAAUUUCAAGAAUAUGGCUUGUUUAAUCAGUCAUUUGCUUUUCACAGAUGCCAUUACUUGGGAUGUUUUGAGUGAAGUUCAUUUGAACGAGAAUGAGACGACUUCUUCGGGCAGGAUUUACAUCAAAACCAUUUUCCUUGAAUUGGCCCAAAUGAUGGGACUCCCAAAGCAGUAUGAAAAAAUCUGUGAUCCUACAUUGCAACAUGCGUUUGAGGGACUUUUCCCUCGGGACAACCCAGCCGUAAUUCGCUUCGCCAUCAAUUUUUUCACAUUAAUUGGUCUUGGUGGACUGACGGUGAAUCUUCUCAAUCGAAGAGACAGCAAAAGAAAUCAAUUCGGAAUUUACAAAAUGCUCACUCGACUUCGACCAGCCACAAAUCGAUUAACAGCAAAUGCCUAUACAUCGACGAUUGCCACGUCGGAGCCAGCUAGGCCAAAAAUGCUCACAAAAGUCCCUGGGCCGAGGACAAAUGAAUUGAAAAAACAAAUGGAGAAACAUUCAAGCAUUGUUUCCGUUCGCUGUUUCGUUGACUUUGAGAAAUGUUACGGGAACUAUUUGAUCGACGCUGAUGGAAAUCAAAUGCUUGACAUUUUUACGAUGAUCUCUUCACUUCCCCUUGGGUACAAUCAUCCGGAUUUGGUGGCCGCCACAAAGACACCAGAGUUUAUUACAGCAGCCGUUUCUCGACCAGCUCUUGGAUCAUAUCCGCGAAUCGAUUGGGGAAAACAUUUAGAGAAUUCUUUGACCGCAAUUGCUCCAAAGGGAUUAACGGCUAAUCAAACGAUGCUUUGCGGCUCUUCGUCAAACGAAAACGCGAUCAAGACGGCUUUUAUUUGGUAUCAGACUCAAAAGCGGGGCGGAGCUCCGCCAGAUGAGGAGCACAAUAGGACAUCGAUGUUACAAAUUCCACCUGGUUCUCCACAGCUAUCAGUGAUGGGUUUCCAUGGUGGAUUGCAUGGAAGAACUCUGGCUCUUCUCUCUGUCACACACUCGAAACCAAUUCAUAAGGUUGAUAUGCCCGUUCUUGAUUACCCAAUUGGAGACUAUCCACGAUACAAAUAUCCAUUAGAGGAGAAUAAAGAAUACAAUGAUAAACAGGAUAGGGAUUGUUUGGCGGAUGUUGAGGAGAAGAUUGAGAUUUGGAAGAAAAAGGGAAAUGAUGUAGCUGCGGUGAUUGUCGAGCCGAUUCAGUCGGAGGGUGGAGAUCAUUAUGGAAGUCCGGCUUUCUUUCAGGGUCUUCGAAAUAUCACGAAAAAGCACGGCAUUGUUUUUAUUGUCGAUGAGGUGCAAACGGGUGGUGGAACGACCGGUGAGUGGUGGGCGCACACUCACUGGAAUUUGGACUCUCCACCAGACAUUGUGAGCUUUUCGAAGAAACUGAUCACUGGUGGAUAUUACUAUGCGGAACAUUUGAGAAUCAAAGAGCCACAACGGAUCUACAACACGUGGUGCGGUGAUCCGACAAAGGUUUUACUAUUGGAAGCGGCUGUGAAAGCAAUUAAAAGAGAUGGGUUGAUCGAGAAAAAUCGUGAAGUUGGAAAGGUGUUCCAGACGGAAUUGAAGCAAUUACAGUCGGAUUUCCCGGAUUUAUUAUCGAGAGCCCGAGGAAUCUCGACAUUCGCCGCCGUCGACUUGCCCACAAUGGCUUUGCGGGAUAAAUUGAUUGCAGAGGCCACCAACAACGGACUGCAUUGUGGUGGAUGCGGGGAAAAGUCGCUCAGAUUCCGACCAUCGCUUGUCUACGAGAAGAAACACGUGGAUCUCACCUUUGAGCUUCUACGAAAAACCCUCAAAUCUUUG